AUUGCAACAAUUUUGGCCACACUUCACUUAUCCCACCUCAUGAAUUAUCAAUUACAUCAUUCAUUUAAUAAGUAAGUUGCUAUAGGAACAUCUGUCCCAACUGUCCAAUCUGAGCUCCGAUUGCUUUGAUAGGAGGAAGCAUCAUAAGUUUGGUGUGGAAACCGAAACCGUAAAGAUGUUGAUGAAUUCCUUUUGUGAGAUGGCUCUUCAUGAAGUUAAAAGCAACCCGUUUCACCAGCUGGUUUAAGAACAAAGCACUAAGUCCCGUUCCCAUGCUUCCAAGGACUUGGAUAAGGAAACAACAACCAGAAAAAGAAAAAAAGAAAAAAACCCAAAAAUCUGUUGAGAAAAUUCAAAAUGACAAAAAUUCAAAGGAACACAUCUGCAUUUCUAAUCCGAGCAGUGCACCAAUCAUCAUCGAUCUUAAUGCCAUUAUUUUCCUAAUUCUUGAUUCUUCACUCCAAUCCAACACUAUUGCAACUACAGAUUGGGCCUGAAAAGAGAAAAAAGGAAGUGGGCCUAAAAUGAUUGCUUUAGACAUCCGGGCCAAGUCCGGCAUAUAUUGGGCCUUAAAGCUUCCUUCUUCUUGUUCGUCCUUCGCUCCUUUUCUCGUUUCCAAAUUCUGAUGCGCCGAAGCGAAGAACUUGUUGGUCAUCGAAGAGGAAGCCAUGGAAGAAAGACCUAUGCUAUUGAUACUCUACGCGACUCAGACCGGAAAUGCGUUGGACGUGGCGGAGCAAGUUGGCCGUGAAGCCGAGCGCCGAGCCUGUGCCGUCAGGCUUCUUUCUCUGGACGAAUACGACGCCAGUUCCUUACCUCGUGAAAACGCUGUCGUUUUUGUUGUUUCUACAACAGGCCAGGGCGAUGCUCCUGAUUCCAUGAAGGGCUUUUGGAAAUACCUUCUUCAGAGGAACCUAGGUCAGCAUUGGCUAGAAGGAGUUCAUUAUGCUGUGUUUGGUCUCGGUGAUUCUGGGUACCAGAAAUUUAAUUUUGUUGCAAAGAAGCUUGACAGGAGACUUUCAGAUCUUGGGGCAACUGCCAUAGUUGAAAGAGCUUUAGGAGAUGAUCAACACCCGUCAGGGUAUGAGGCUGCUCUGGAUCCAUGGAUGACAUCAUUGUGGAAUAUGUUGAAUAAGGUCAAUCCCAACCUCUUCCCAAAUGGUCCUGGUUUUUUGAUCUCAUAUGAGAAAUCAAUUGGUCAACCAAAAAUUCAGAUCACAUAUCAUACUAUUGAUAAAGAGGGUUCAGAAUUUUCAACUAAUUCAGAUCUAAAACACAUUGAGAUGCAAAUUGAGAGAGCUCGAACAAUGUCGCCUGGAAAAUUUUCAAACAACAAGAAUAGGCCUGACUGCUUUCUUAAAAUGAUCAAAAAUCAACUAUUGACCAAAGAAGGUUGUGGAAAAGAUGUGCGCCACUUGGAAUUUGAAUUUGUAUCACCUGCUGUUGAAUAUGAAGUUGGCGAUGUCCUUGAGGUCCUCCCUGGCCAGAAUCCUACUGCAGUAGACGCUUUCAUCAGGCGUUGUAAUUUGGACCCUGAAGUAUUUGUAACUGUUAGCCCUGUUGAGGUGGAGAAUAACCUUCUUCGUUCUCAUUUAAAUGCUGCAAAAUUUCCUAUCAAGUUAAAAUCUUUUGUGGAAUUGACAAUGGAUAUUGCAUCAGCUUCCCCUCGGCGCUAUUUAUUUGAGGUUAUGAGUAUUUUUGCUACAGCUCAACAUGAAAAGGAAAGACUUCAAUAUUUUGCGUCACCAGAAGGAAGAGAUGACCUAUACCAAUACAAUCAGAAGGAACGGAGGACUGUUCUGGAGGUAUUGGAGGAUUUUCCUUCAGUUCAAAUGCCAUUUGAAUGGCUGGUGCAGUUGGUUCCUUCUUUGAAAACCAGAGCUUUUUCCAUAUCUUCCUCUCCUUCAGCUCACCCAAAUCAAGUGCACUUAACGGUAAAUGUAGUAUCAUUGACGACACCUUUUAAAAGGAAACGAUCAGGUCUCUGCUCAUCAUGGCUAAGCCAGCUUGAUCCUCAACAAUGCACUUAUAUUCCAGUGUGGUUUCAUAAAGGUUCCCUUCCUCCCCCACCCCCAUCUCUUCCUCUCAUUCUCAUUGGACCUGGAACCGGUUGUGCACCUUUUCGUGGAUUUGUGGAAGAAAGAGCCAUCCAAAGUGCAGCUGAUACCACUGCUCCAGUUAUGUUUUUCUUUGGUUGUCAAAACAAGGAAAAUGACUUUUUAUACAAAGAUUUCUGGUUGUCUCAUUCACAAAAUAAUGGGGUACUUUCAGAAGCAAAAGGGGGAGGCUUUUAUGUGGCCUUCUCAAGAGACCAGCAACAGAAGGUUUACGUGCAGCAUAAGAUGCGGGAACAUAGCCAGAGGCUGUGGAGUUUGCUGAGUGAGGGAGCUGCGGUCUAUGUUGCCGGUUCUUCAACCAAAAUGCCCUCAGAUGUGUUAUCAGCUUUUGAAGAAAUUAUUUCCAAAGAAAGUGGGGUUCCUAAGGAAUCGGCUGUGAGAUGGCUCAGAGCACUAGAAAGGGUUGGCAAGUACCAUGUAGAAGCAUGGACUUGACCUCUGGUUGAAUCUUCAAUGUAUCAUCCGGAUAAGAUAAACAAAAAUAUUAAGGCAAGCUUCAGGGUGAAGAUACAAAGCUUGGAUAUAUCAUAGAGAACUAGAAGGUGAUGAAUUUAUUGUCAAAAAAAAGAAAAACAAGAAGAAAAGAAAAAGAAAAGAAGAAGAAGAUGAAUUUAUUGUCAAAAAAGAAAAAAGAAAAAAAAAGGGGUGAUGAAUUUUGAUCGCGUGUGAUUUAGGUGGAUAUCGAGUCCUGAAGAAAGUUAAAAGAAUGAAUUAAGAAAGAACUGCAUUAAAUUUUUGAAAUUCUUGGAACAUUUCAGGGAAACACGUUGUAAUGUUUUGCUAAUUUUAAUAGGAAAUGGAUUCACAUUUUUUUCCUAACCAA